GUUAAAUUCCUUUUGACCAAUAUAAAAGACAGGCACACGACCGGGCACCACUCAUUCACGUUCAGAGGAGCUGGAUAUCUGAAAAGCUUUGCAGAUUUGAACAUUUCGACAGCGGCCAUGAGGAGCACUUCCUAUUCCCAGAAGACCUUGACAGUAAGUGGAUCCAGCAGAAUGAGAGUACAAAGCCCCUCUCCUUCCCGCUGUGGUGCUGCUGGCUUCCGCUCUCUUUCUUCCGACUCCCGGAGAGGCCGUUCGGGUUUCCAGGGCACUGCUGUUGAGGUGGGUACAGAGAUCCACCAACACCAUGCCAAUGAAAAGGAGGAGAUGCAAGAGCUCAACGUUCGGUUUGCUGGUUACAUAGAGAAGGUACAAGCCCUGGAACAGAAGAAUGCUGCCCUGCAGGCCCAACUGGCAGACCUACAAGCUCGUUUCAAAGGGGGCCCUAGUGGUAUUGGGGAGGAAUACGAGCAGAAAUUUAAAGAAAUCAAGGAGCUUAUUGAAACACUGACCAAUGAAAAGGGAGCAGCAGACAUUGAAAGGGGAUACAUUGAGGAGGAGAUCGAGUCCUGGAGGAUAAAAUAUGAUGAGGAGCUUCAGCUCAAAGAAGAAGCAGAGCUGACUCUUCGACAGUUCCGAGAAGACAUUGACAAUGCAACUCUGCAGAAAGCCGAUCUUGAAAAAAGAGUGGAGCAGCUGGUGUCAGAAAUUGAAUUUAUGAAGAAACUCCAUGAUGAAGAAGUAGCUGAUCUUCUGAAACAAAUCGAAGACUCAAAAGUUACCAUAGAUAUAGAUGCUAGCAGACCAGACCUGGCAGCCUACUUACGCAACAUGCGAGUUCAGAUUGAGCAGCUUUCUGCCAAGAACAUUCAGGAUGCAGAAAAAUGGUACAAGAGUAAGUUUGAUACAUUAAAAGAACAUGCUGGCAAACACGAAGAACAACUGAAGGUCAUGAAAGAUGAAAUUUCUGUCUAUCAGUCUCAAAUCUUGGACCUACAAAGCCAGAUCGACAACUUAAGGGGCCGAAACAAUGCCCUUCAACAGCAGCUAGACGAUAUGGAAGACAAUCACCUGGACAAGGUUGCUAACCUGCAGGAUGUCAUCGCACAGCUCGAGUGCCAGCUCUGCGACACCAAGGCAGAAAUGUCUAAAUACAUGCAAGACUACCAAGAGCUGCUUCACAUUAAACUAAAGUUGGAUGCUGAAAUUGCAACUUACAGGAAGCUUCUAGAAGGAGAAGAGCUGAGACUGGGGCUUGCAUCCGGGAGUGACACAGCUGAAGGACUAACAAAAGAAGAACGAACCACUUCUGUUACUCGUACAGUUGAAAGCCACACUGAAACAAAAGUGACAGCCUGAGCAGACACUUCAAAUGAAAGUGAGGAGGCAUCAAGUGUUAGUCAACAUUUAUGAACAGUCUGUGUAGUUUUAAUUAAGUUCCAGUUGCAUUUAAGCAUGAUGCUCUGGGUAAAAAUAAAAUGUUUUAAUUUCAAUGUAUACUUCAUAACGUAACAAGAAAGGAGACCAACUUCUAUCUGCAUAUCCCGAGCACUAGAAUGUAACCCUGUUAAUAAAGCUUUAUUUACAUGCAAUGUUUACCAUCUUACAUGGCCUAUUUUUUAAUACAUCACUUCAUUUCAGUAUGGUAGCGGUUAUACACAUAAUCAAAAAUUACCAUAAAUACUAAUUUAACAAUAAAGCACUGCCAUGUAUAUUCAUAAUAUAAAUGUACACCUACCUAUCUUUCAACAAACAACUCACUGGCCAACUGCCCACUUGUUGAUGAAGCAACGGUCCUUGAAAUCACGUCGGUGCGGAGUCAUCCACUUUCAAACUGAAAAGGCUGAGAUUUGGAGUCAAAGAAAGCUGAAAGAUUGAGUUCUCAGUCUGUGAUACAGAAGUGACAUUUUACAGCAAGACGGAGAUUCAUUUUGCAUGUUUUCUACUAAGCCUUUGAAGGGCACAAAUUUAAUAUACAUGCUAGUCACUA